GAUGGCGUCCGUGCAGAAGGAAGUUACUCACUUGUUAUUCUAUUAUUAGACCAUUUCGUAAUCCUCACACCACUAUUCUACCAUUCUUUCUGCUCCAAAAAAUGGAUGACAACGCUCCAGAUAAAAUAAAGUCCUACCACGACGAAGCCUUCAGAUAUAUCAAUCAAGCUCUUACUUUUGACGAAAAGGGAGAUGCAAAACAAGCCUUUCUACUAUACAACAAAGGGCUUAGGCAACUUAUCCUGGGUUCAAAUCUAUCAUGUAGGGGCUCUGGACCACAGUUUGACCAUGCCAAGAAAAUGCAAGAAAAGAUGAAAUUGACAAAAGAUCAAGUUGAAGMUAGAGUAGCUGCAUUACAGUCACCRUCCRGUGAUGCAGUACCACAGAAAUCACAGCCUACUGAGAAUGGAGUUGAACACCAUACCCUGUCAACCUUGUCUCAAGGUGCUUUGUGGGARGACGUCAAUGAGCUUCUCGUUCUUGAAGAAGGUGUCAAGAUGUUUUUUGUCAGUGAACUAGGAAAUGUGACUACAAUAUCACAGCCACAAACRUUGCGAGCUUACCAGUUUGUGAAAUAUGAAGAAGACUGCCCAGGAAUACAAAGAGCUGGCUGUGAAUGAAAAUGGUGUGGAAACCAUCGCAAGCAGUACUCAUUCUGGYGAGGGCAGUAGCGCAUAUGCAGAAUACUACCCGGCGUAUAAUGGAACAACACAACAUGGAUCUAGUGAACUUGCAAUACAAGAACAAACAGGGGAUGUUGAUGAGGGUGGUGUCAAGCUAAGAACGUCCUUAAAACCGAAUGAAACUCCAACUGAAGURGAUGAAAAUGUUCAGCAGAAAAUAAGACAUGUCAAGUCUGUGGCAGGUGUUGCCUGCCAAGUAAGUAGUACAGUGGUUUCUGCUGUUGCUGCCAUGACAAGAGAACUAGCGAGAAGUGUUGCACCUAUUGUGGUGGAAAAGGGAGGAAAGAUGCUUCCAGAAUCUGUAAAAAAGAAAUCCAAUGAUGAAAAGGGCCAGGUAGUGGUCCAAAACGCUGUCAAGGUUGCUGUCGGUGGAGCUCAAGGGUUUGCAACUGUUUAUGAAGGGCUAGAAAGAUCUUGGAAGUUACUUUACAAAAGUCUUCAGCAUGCCACAGUACAAACUGUAGAUCACAAAUAUGGUCCCGCUGUUGGUGAAGCAACUGACAAUUCGCUGGGUGCUUUGGGAUUUGCUCUUCAGACAUGUUGGAACGUUGAUAAUCUUGGGGUCAAGGCUCUGGCAAAGAGAACUGCCAAGGACACUGGGAGAGAGUUGAUUGGUGAAGCAGAGAAAAAGUACCUUCCRCCGGCUGACGACCAAGAAAGACAUAUGCAACAAAUUAAUGGUCACAAAUAAUAAUAAUAGAAAAACUAAUACUGAAUAGAUUUUUUUUGAUAUACAUUUCGCUCGUCCCAGAGCCUCCUCCGACCUUUUCAACAUAGAUACUCUGGAAAGGACCUGGGAAAGAGGAUAUUUUUUAUAUUUACGUUAAAACUCAUCUUAGUGAUAAGUUUGGGUGGUWGAGUGUUAGGAUCCGAAGGCUGGUCAAACAUAACCAGCCCUUUCGCAGAGGUGGCCACAGUCCACCGCCCACCUGGCGCCCAUCACACCUCUAUUAUUGCCCUAUUUCACUAUGACGUCACUGCUUGUUUAUGUGGGGGAUAGAAUCGCCAAAUCCUAUAGAAAAUUCAACAAAAUUUGCUCCUAGCGAAACAGUUUAAUCUAAAAUAGCCUG